AUGCGCCACCACACCCGGCUAAUUUUGCAUUUUUAGUAGAGACAGGGUUUCUUCACGUGGGUCAGGCUGGUAUCUUCACGUUGGUCACCCGACCUCAGGUGAUCUGCCUGCCUCGGCCUCCCAAACUGCUGGGAUUCCAGACGUGAGCCACCGCACCCGGCCUAGAAGAUUGUGUUACAUGUCUUCAGGCUCAGAGCCUUUCCUCAGCCACACCCAGUCUGCUCAUGAGUCCGUUAAAGUCAUUCUCUGUUUCUGUUACAGUGCUUUUCAUCUCUCCCAUUGCCUUUUCAGUCUUAGGAUUUCCACUUCUUGGCUUAUAUUGCCUAUUUUUGCAUGUUGUCUACUUUUUCCAUUAGAGCCCUUCACCUGUUAAUCGUACUUGUUUUACAUUCCCAGUCUGGUACUUCCAACGUCCCUGCCAUAUCUGAGGAGUUCUGCUUUGUCUCUUCAAGCUGUGUCUUGCGCCGUUUACUAUGCCUUGUCAUUUCUUUCCGGAAAGCUAGACACAGUGUACUGGGCGAAAGGCACUGAAGUAAACAGACCUCUAGUAACGCCGUGGUGAGGUGCAGGCAGAGGGCAAGGAUUCCCUGAUGCUUUGAUGAGGUCUCAGUCUUUUAGUGAGCCUGUGCCCCGCGACACUGAACUUCACAAGUGCUUCUCAGUUCUUCCUUCUCCUCUCACUUAGGCGGGACAGGAUGAAUAGAGGAAGCUGAUGUGGGAUCCAUCUCUUCCACAGGUCACUUAGACUCUGAUGAAACCCCCACAGGUGAGACUCUGGUAAAAUAGUUUCUCUUAAGGGAAAGGCCCAGUGAGAAAAAACAGAAAUAUCUGGCCUAUUUCAAAAUCAUUAUUUUUCUCCUCUAGAAGACUGCCCCCCCACCCCGAGAUUCCUCAGACUUGUGCAUGCUGUGCCCCCAGGAAUUCAUCAGUUACAGCUCAGGCUUUCCCAUCUAAGUAAUGGUUCCCAGAGGCUUCUGUUCAUGGUAGCAUGUUCUGGACUCAGUGGUCUUUGAGGAUGUGGCUGUGGACUUCACCCUGGAGGAGUGGGCUUUGCUGGAUUCUGCUCAGAGGGACCUGUACAGAGAUGUGAUGCUGGAGACCUUCCGGAACCUGGCCUCAGUAGAUAAGACUCAAUUUAAAGCCAAUGGGUCAGUUUCUCAGCAGGAUACGUACAGGGAAGAAAAAUCUAAGGAACAGACAAUACCAAACUUCACAAGAAAUAAUUCCUGUGCCUACACUUUAGAAAAAACUUGUGAAGGCUAUGGCACUGCAGAUCACCACAAGAAUCUGAGAAAUCGUAUGGUGGACAGAUUCUGUAACAAUAAUGAAGGUAAUCAAUAUGGAGAAGCCAUCCAUCAAAUGCCAAAUCUUACCUUGUUCAAGGAAAUUUCUGCUGGAGAAAAACCGUAUGAAUGCACCAAGUGUGGGACAGUCUUCACGCAUGUUUCUUCUCUUAAAAGGCACGUCACAUCUGUGUGUGGACGAAAAGCGCCUCCGUGUGAGGAAUAUAAGCAGGUCUGCAUUUGUCCCUCACACCUACACAGUCAUGGAAGAACCAACACUGAGGAGAAGCCCUAUAAGUGUCAAGCAUGUGGGCAAACUUUCCAACAUCCCCGUUCCCUCGCUCAGCACGUGAAGACUCACACAGCAGAGAAAACCUAUAAGUGCGAGCAGUGUCGGAUGGCAUUUAAUGGGUUCGCAAGUUUCACUAGACAUGUGAGAACUCACACAAAAGACAGGCCAUAUAAAUGUCAGGAGUGUGGGAGAGCCUUCAUUUAUCCCUCGACAUUUGAAAGACACAUGACAACACACACUGGAGAGAAGCCCUAUAAAUGUCAACACUGUGGGAAAGGCUUCAGUUACCCCCAGGCUUUUCAAAGACAUGAGAAGACGCACAUGGGACAGAAGCCCUAUGAAUGCAAGCAGUGUGGGAAAACAUUCAGUUGGUCUGAAACCUUGCGAGUACACACGAGGAUCCACACUGGGGAGAAACUCUAUAAAUGUGAACACUGUGGGAAGGCUUUUACCUCUUCCAGAUCAUUCCAAGGUCAUUUGAGGACGCACACGGGAGAGAAACCUUAUGAGUGUAAACAAUGUGGAAAAGCCUUCACUUGGUCCUCAACGUUUAGAGAACAUGCGAGAAUUCACACACAAGAGCAGCUCUAUAAAUGUGAACACUGUGGGAAGGCUUUUACCUCUUCCAGAUCAUUCCAAGGUCAUUUGAGGACGCACACUGGAGAGAAGCCUUAUGAGUGUAAACAAUGUGGGAAAACCUUCACUUGGUCCUCAACGUUUAGAGAACAUGUGAGAAUUCACACACAAGAGCAGCUCUAUAAAUGUGAACACUGUGGGAAGGCCUUUACUUCUUCCAGAGCAUUCCAGGGUCAUUUGAGGAUGCACACUGGAGAGAAGCCUUAUGAGUGUAAACAAUGUGGGAAAACCUUCACUUGGUCCUCAACCUUACAUAAUCACGUGAGGAUGCACACUGGAGAGAAACCUCACAAAUGUAAACAAUGUGGGAUGUCCUUCAAGUGGCCCUCCUCCUUCCGAAACCAUCUGAGGAUGCACGCAGGACAGAAAUCCCACGAAUGUCAAUCACACUCAAAAGCCUUCAGUUGUCAAGUCAUUCUUUCUAAAACCAGUGAGAGUACACACUGAAAAGAAAUUCUAUAACUAAGUAACAUGGGGUAACCUCACAUUAAUUCAUGUCUAAUUCGCCACAAACUUCACACCAGGAGAGAAAUAUUACAAGUAUGAUAUUGUCCUUGUCAAUACCUCAUUUGUCAAACAGAGCCAUUAGAGAAAAUAAUUCUCUAAGUCCUCUUUCAGCUAUAAUACCUGUGUUUUAUCUCUUAGAGUCCAGCUCUGUCACCCAGGCUGGAGUGCAGGGGCAUGAUCUCAGCUCACUGUAACCUCUGCCUCCUAGGUUCAUG